CAAAAAGUGAUCAAUUAAGUAUGUAAUUAUCUCUCCCGUUUAGUACGCUGUCCAUCACCAAGUUGCCGAGCAAAGAGCAUAGCUACAAGUACUGCGAGUACUCCAAUCUGGAUACAUAUGCUUGUGCAUAUGUGAUUUAUGACCCUAAGGGGGAUUUCAGUAAGCGAUAACACAGUUCCAUGGAACUGGAGGUCCAGUGCGCGUGCCGUCUCUCCGUUCAGUCAUUUCCGAGCUGUCGGGGCGAACGUUGCCCAAGAUGGAUUCUGUUUAUGUAAAGUUUCUGAUGUGCCAGUGCCUGGUGAAUCGGGCCGACUGGGGUCUGACCAUUGGCUUCAUAAAUGUGCUAUAUUCCCUCUAUAUGUUUCAUUUCUGGGUACUGGAGCUUUUCAUGUCACAACAGGACUACACCGUCAAGUGGCUGCUGCUGUAUGGCUUCAAUGUCAUGUUCAAUGUGAUCACCAUGAUGCGUAUCGUGAAGCGGGAGAGUAUAGCCGUAUUCUACUGGAUCUGCGAGACGGCGGCCCUGCUCCUGUUCCACCUCUACUACACCUAUGCCUGUGGAGAAUUCUUCGGUCAGAUAGACAACAGCAUGUUCGUGGUCCUCAAUGUUACACUGGAUGUUUACAUACUUCUUUCGCUACUGGUCAUGAUCUAUGUGAUGUGGGGCCUGUAUUUGGAGCCUGAUCGACGGUUUCCCAAGGAAUUAAUGCGAAACAAUUACAAGUAUGAUCCGGAGGCGGCGGCAGCAAAAAAAGCUGCUGAGGAUAAGAAGGAUAGACUGCAGAGGCAAAGGGAGCGCGAGGUGGAAAGAGAAACGAAACUGGAAAAAGAGAAUUUCAAUGAGGAGAUGGAAAUGGAGGAGACUAUAUCAACGAAUGACUAUGGCCAAGAGGAGAAUCUGUGCUGUGCCGCAAGCGACACAGAACAGUUGACACUCUUCUCGGAUCUCACGGUUGACCAUCUUUGUAGCCCAAGCGUCCGUGAAGAGUGCAGGGUUUUCCUGGAUGACAAUGACACCAAUGAUUACGAUAAUUAUAUUGAAAUAUCCUUCGAAGAAUAGAUAGUAAGAAGUAGCUGUAGUCCAAAAUAUCGUAGUGCGUAGGCGGGUUCCAUUACCGAAAUAACAUAAACAAUCCAAAUGAAAGUAAAGUAAAUUUUUACUUGACCCGAAAACGAGUCCGGCCGCAACUUUGGUCAAAGUCGGCAACAAAACCCCAAACUAAA